AUGUAUUGUAUAGUUUGUGAAUCUGUAUUGGUUUUGGAAGACAUCGAAUUUGAAAAACAUUUUGGUCUGGCUUCAAUUUUCUAUAUAAAGUGCCGACAAUGUAAACAGAUAACUGGAGUCCCUACCGAUAUAAAACACCAAGUUUCAAAUCAAAGCAGUCAUUUCGACUGUAAUACCAAAGCUGUAAUUGGCGUUAUGAAUAGUGGUAUUGGAAAUUCACAUUUAAACAAGGUGUUAACUGCAAUGAAUAUCCCAGAAAUUUGUUGGAAAACUUAUCAAAGUUAUCAAGGGUGCCGAAGACAUAGCUAA